UUUGCACGUGCGAGAUCUUUAUCGUUUAGGGAAUCGCUUGUGCGCUUCUUGCAAGUGAAGAGGUGUCACUGUGAAUAGUCACGAGACACACGCGAGUUUUUCGCUCAUUAUUUUAUUCUAUAUUAAUUUUGCGUAACAUAUCAGUGUUUUAUAUUUAAGAAAAAUAAUAAGUUCAGACAAAUACUUGGAUAAAACGCGCACACGCCGGAUAAAUUUGGAAUAACUUGAAUUUUAUUUAAUAACCGCACAGGAUAAUUUCAAUCCCCAUCACGCGGGAACGCUUCUACAGAUGGAGAUCCCGACGGAACCCCGGUGGAUGAUGCACGCUCAUCAUUCACCAUUAAUGGGUAACCCAGAUUCAGUGACUUCUCACACUGGUUUAGGACAUCAUGGUUCAGGAUAUAUAGAGCCCAGUGCCCCUUUAUUACCACCAGAUGAGGUGGAUGUAUUUCUCAGCCAUUUGGACUCUCAAGGAAACCACUAUUAUCACACACACGGACCCCACUCUCACACUCGUGCACGAAUGUCUUACAGUCAGACACAUGCUCGGCUUACUGGUGGCUCAAUGUGUCGACCCCAUCUUAUCCAUACUCAAGGUCUUCCGAUACUGGAGAACAGCAAAUCGGCUCAACACCACAGCACAUGGGCCGUCGGACACCUGGGCAAAGCGGUUCUUCAUUCAGCGGGCCCUGAAAGGUCAACCGGCCUGUAUACUGCUAACGGUACGGUUCCGGGUUCAAUGCCUUGCCUGUCAAUGACGCAACACUGCAGCCCUCAAAUCUACUGCCUACCCCCUACUCCACCCAAGGACGCGUCCCCAGACCAUGCGUGCGCUGUAAGAGACACUGGAAAGUACAACCUGCAGUUCGUCGACGGGAUGAAGAUGGAGUGCUCAAGCCCAAUACGCAAUCUAGCGCAGACUACGACACAUAUACCCUCAUAUCCCGAUUAUGCGCUAUCUGGAGCGCACGAGUACUCCGGUCUGCUCAGGAGCUGUGCGGGCAACACCUUUUCUAAAUGCAAAAGCAAAAGCCGCGCUUUCUCAGGGCGUGAGUGUGUGAACUGUGGAGCUACAUCAACUCCUCUGUGGCGAAGGGAUGGAACGGGUCAUUAUCUGUGUAAUGCGUGCGGACUUUACCACAAGAUGAAUGGCCAGAACCGACCACUCAUCAGGCCCAAGCGCCGACUGUCAGCAUCUAGGCGAGCAGGCACCUGUUGUGCAAACUGCCAGACUGGCACCACCACACUUUGGAGACGUAAUGCCAAGGGGGAACCUGUUUGUAACGCCUGUGGUCUAUACUACAAACUACACAAUGUGAACCGCCCCCUAACUAUGAAGAAAGAUGGGAUUCAGACCCGCAAUAGGAAAAUGUCUAGCAGACCUAAGAAAAGAAGAGGGGAGUUUCAACAAUUUGACAGUUGUGUGCAAGAAAAACAAUCCUCUUUAAGCCAUGUGGUCAACAUCCCCCACCCCUUCAAUAUGACCCCGCCCAUACAAAUACAUCCUGCAUUUAGUCACACUAGUUUAGUCUCUGCCAUAGGCUAAGAGAAAGAUACUAUACCACAUCAUACUUAAUGAACAUACAUAAAAUAUAAAAUUAAGCCACUGUAUUCUUGUGCUUUAAUGUUCAGGUGUAUUAGUUGCAUUCAAUGUUCCUUAUGUAAAAACAAUUUGCACUUUACUUUGUGGUUUUUAUGUAUUUUAAGCCAAUGUAAAAUUUGACCGCUAGUUUAAUUAGGCUGUUAUCAAUUAAUUAUAAAUAACCCCUAUUUAUUUAAAUAAAAAUGUAUCAGAUAAAGGACAGUAGUCUUCCCAAAUAACAAAUGCUGUAUAAACUCCUUUAUUUUAAAAAUCAUAUAAGAAAAACACAUUUUGCAAGACUGCCUUUAAACCAUAUAAUUACUGCUUUAUUUCUUUUAUGGCUUUAUUUAUUUGUUCUUUAUAUAUGAAUGCAUCUUUCAACAUCAGCGGCAACUAUUCAUGUUCUCAGUACUGAUACAUUAAUACUAUACACGCACACUCUUUUAACU